AUAAUAUUAAAAGAAGCGAAAGACCCAAACACAUUAAAAGAAAAAAAAAAAAUUAAUAAAAAAAAAUAAAAGGGAAAGAAAGAAACAGAAUGGUUUUGAAAGAUGUAAUCUAAAAUAAAUAUUUCUUGGGAUCCCAUUUACCGUCUCUUUCUUCUGCCGUCGCCUUCACGAGUCCUUCAUUUCAGCCCCUUCUUCUUCUUCUUCUACUUCUUUCUUUCUCGCUUCCAAAUGCAUGAUUCCCAUUACUUCCUGGGAUAGAGGGAUUCCCUUUUGACUUCACAAUUCAUACCUUUUUUUCUUUUUUUUUCAUAUUAUAUUUUAAUUAUAUAUUUAUACACUCUUCUGCUAUCCGUGAAAGGGAGAGAGAGAGAGAGAGAAAGAGAGAGAGAGCGGUGUGUGUAAGUUGAUGACCAACAAACGCAAGUGUUUGUCCUCGUAAUUUUAAUACCCUCCACAACAACGAACUUCAAUUUCACGUCAGCAAAGCAAGUAGGAACAGAAACUAGAAGAAGAAGAAGAAGAAGAAGGAGAAUAAAAAGAAUUAACAAGCCAGAACAAACAACAAGUAGAGAGGAGACCAUUUUGAGUAGCAAUAAUAAUAAUAAUGUUGAGUCCGACUCACUCGCCGACUCACACCACCAACCCACUGAAUCGCUUCGUUGACAGCAUUUUCUCCUACGACGGCAAUGUCAUGCUCGCCGCUUUAGUCUCUCUGCUCCUCGUCGUCCUCUUCGUCUUGCUUCUCCAUGUCUACGCCAAAUGGUUCUUAGCCCAUGCCCACCACCACAGAAGGCGUAGCAGCUCCAUCACCGUCUCUCGGGUUCUCGGCCCGACCCGUUUCCAUAACUUCCCCACCUUCACUUUCGACCUCGCCUCGCUCUCUGGCACUUCCACCAAAGGCCUCGAUCCCUCCGUUAUAUCUGCCAUUCCUCUCUUCGUUUACAAAUCGGAGGAGCACAACCACGGGCUUGAAUGCGUCAUCUGUCUUAGCGACUUCGAAGACGAUGAUAUCGGAAGGAAUUUACCCAAAUGCCAUCACGCUUUCCACGUCGAGUGCAUCGAUAUGUGGUUGGGUUCGCACUCCAACUGCCCCAUUUGCAGAGCUCCAGUGGCAGUGAUGACGACGUCCGACGGCAAGUCCUCUGCGAGUGUCGGCGGUCAGGCGGGUAACGACGGGAUAAUUUCAUCGGAAACAACGGUGUCGACGGUUGAUGGGUCGGCAGGAUUAAGGCUUAUCAAUGGUGGAUCUGCUGCAUUAAUGGAGACGGUGAUUGAAAUUUCGAAUUCUGGGGAUGUUCAGAGUGUAGUCAUGGGCAGCGAUUGUGUAUCAUCGCCGUCUUCUUCUUCUUCAUCUUCGUCGUCGUUGUCGUCGUCGUCAUUUGGGUGUUCUUUGAAGAGAAUUCUGAGCAGGAACAAAUCAGAAAACAAGGUUGUUCCCGCAACUAAUGUGAGUGAGAUUUAGCUUCUUAUCAGAGAGAGAGAGAGAGAGAGAGAAAAACCAAAAUGCCCAAUAUAUAUUGUUCAUAUUUUUAUAUACCCCCAGUUUCUCUGUAAAACCCAGUUGUAUAGGCUCUUGGAAUUAAUCUUUUUGAUAUUCUGAAUCA